AUGAGACCUGGGAAACAUUUUGACACAAGGAAGUUGUUCUGUCAGGACAUUUUUUGUGGCGUCAACAAGGGCAACGACGUAGUUGGUCUCCGCGUUCUCCUAUAAAUAUUACGCUCGUAGAGUCGUUUUGAAAUCGUUUCCAAGAAGUUAUGGGCCUCUUCAACUGUUCACGCUCAUCUUCACGGGCUGUUGCCAACUUUCCUCCACCUAUCCUAUGAUGAAAGGUUACAUAGGCGAAUCGAGAAAGAGUAUCGUGAGACCCUAUGAGAUGACUCUGAAGUCUCACGAUGGUACCUCAAAGAUACCUCUGAAGAUUUUGAGCAAAAUGAGAGGGACUUGAGAGAGACUCUGAAGUACCUCCGAGCUGGUUCAGAUAUAGCUAAAAGGUAUUCCGGAGGUCUCACGACGGACACAUUAUAGGGUCUUCACGAUCCAUUUUGAGAGGUACCUUUGUGGACACAUUAUGGGACCUUCUCGAUUCGUCUGCUUCCUACAAGUUUCACUGGAAUGAGCUGGCCGAAAUCAUGGUCAACGACGUUAAAGGCAUAGGGGCAGUAAAAACGGGGUUCCAGGUGAAAGAAGUCAAGGACCGCGAUCCGCACGCUACGCGUCCCGCCUCCCUUCUCUUUCGAGUUGGGAAAAUUGAAUACAAUGAGUCUCCAAAACUGCUUUAAAGCUGGGCUUCGAGUGUACAGUCUUACACGAAAUGAGCAACUCAAAAAACAUUCCCGAGGACCUCCUGAAAUGAUACUUCGAUGAUCCUCGAACGUAAAUACAAGAGAAGCCCAUCUCAAAAAGAGUUUUUGAUUUUCCAAAGAUCCUCGAAGGUACGAAGUGACCAUCCCAGGGCGCAAGGUCACAGAAACCACGAUCACUGUCCGUCAGAGACGGUCCGUCUCCUCUGGCCGCGUGACUCUUCGCGUUCCUUCGCCUUCUCUCGCUCAUAUAUAAGAAUCCCCCCGCGGGCGCAUUUCUCAGUCCUUUUGUCUCACAGUUCUCCCACUUCCACCAUUCCCGCCAACGGCCACUUCCACUUCAGCUCUUUCAAACUGCUGCUCCUCCAACUUUUCUGACACCACUGAAACGGCCAGCAGCCAUGAACGCCAUCAAACUUGCCCUCCUCCUGCUGGUUCUGAUCAUUCAAUUGGCGAGCUGCCAGUUCUUCUCGGCCUACCCGAUGCUCGGCGAGUCGCACGACUUCAACUCCAACGACCUGCAAAACAUCGCCGCCCAGGACGACAUGUUCUUCGGAAAUUACCGAUUCAAUAACUACCGCAGUUGA